AUGGACAGACGCCGCUUGAUCCCAUCGGAUUCCAGACACAUUGAAGAACGCCAAUACCUUGGUCGAGAGUUGUGCAGGAGUCUGCAAAUGGACCGCGAAGCUUGGUGGUGUGAACGUGCUAGGGAGAUGGAGCUUGCUAGUCUCUGUGCUCCAUCUGCUACCUCUGGCGCUCGCGCUGGGGCUGAGUGGUCUACCCCAACAGACCCUCCCUCUUCCCAGGAAAUCGAGCAGGAGCUCCAGCACAUGAAGCGUUAUAAAGCCCCCGGCCCUGAUGGUCUUCACCCAGCUCUAUUUAAAGAUGGUGGCGCAUCGCUGGUCCGAGAACUCACCGCUUUGUUCUCGAAAAUUUGGUCGAAAGAGAAGGUUCCAUCAUUUUGGGGUGAAUCGAUAGUCGUACCCAUCUUCAAAAAGGGCCUGCGCACAAUCUGCUCCAACUACAGAGGCAUAAGCUUAGUCCCCGUCGUUUGCAAGCUGCUGGUGUCCAUCACACUUCGCAGGCUAUCCCCAACACGCGAAUCGUUGCAACGAGAAGAACAAGCUGGGUUUCGCCCUGGUCGCGGCUGCAUCGAUCAAAUCUUCACACUUCGCCAGAUCCUCGAGCUCCGCCAUGUGUAUCAGAGGCCAAUGAUUGUUGUGUUCCUGGAUAUCCGUGCAGCCUUCGAUUCUGUUGAUCGUCCAGUACUGUGGCAGUGCCUUCUGAGGAACGGUGUCCCCGAGAGGUUCGUCUCCAUACUGCGCGCUCUAUAUAUUCUGACCUCGGGCAGGGUUAGGGCUUAUGGCAUGCUUUCGCCUACCUUAGUGGUCUCCAGUGGAGUUCGACAAGGAUGCCCUAUCUCUCCGUUCCUAUUCAACUUUGCCAUUGAAGAUGUCCUGAAGAACGCUCUGAGCGAUUCGUUGAACGCUGGCGUUGAGCUCCUCCCAGGUAGUCGAGUUGUUGAUUUGGAUUAUGCUGAUGAUAUCGUCUUGCUGGGUGACGAUCCACAGGUCGUCCAACUUGCAUUAAACCGCUUGACGAUUGAAGCAUCAAAGUACGGUAUGUACUUGUCGCCAUCCAAAUGCAAGGCUCACCUUCAAGACUGGCAGGUACCUCUGCAUGCACUCACGCUUGCUGGUGAGACACUGGAGGUUGUGGAGAACUUCGUCUACUUGGGAAGUUGCAUCACUGCUGGCGGGACUGUUGGAGACGAGAUUUCGAUGCGCAUCUCGAGAGCACGCCUCGCUUUUUCUAGGCUGAGGCAUUUGUGGCGUCGCCACGACAUUCGUCUCUCCAUCAAAGGGCGGGUCUAUUGUGCAACUGUUCGUGCUGUACUGUUGUACGGAUGCGAGACAUGGCCCAUUCGUAAAGUUGACUUGCGCAGGCUAUCCGUCUUCGAGCACCGCUGUCUGCGGUCCAUUGCCCGUGUGUGGUGGCAGCAGCACGUAAGCAAUGUGGAAGUUAGACAGCGUGUCUUGGGACGUGGAAGCCACUCGCUCGAGGAGCUCAUCUCACUGCAUCAACUGCGGUGGUUGGGACACGUAUUGCGCAUGCCUGUCCAGCGUUACCCCCGUCGUGCGUUGUCUGCACUUGCUGGACAGGGCUGGAAGAGACGGUCUGGUGGACAGCCUACAACAUGGAGAAGCCGCAUGAAAAAGUUGACGAAACAAUUGGCCUAG